UCUUCGUCCUCCUCCUUCUUCUUCCUCCUCCUCCUUCUUCUUCGUCCGUGUCCUCCCUCCGUCCGCCCGCCCGCCCGCCGCCAUGGAGCCCGGCCCAGCAGAAGACCUUCAUCUCAGACAUGUAGAAAAAGAUGUUCUAAUUCCCAAAAUUAUGAGAGAAAAAGCCAAGGAGAGAUGUUCUGAUGAAGUUCAAGCUUUUACCCAAUGUUGCAAGGACACUGGUUUUCUUAUGGUGGUAAAAUGCCGGAAAGAAAAUUCAGCGCUGAAAGAAUGUCUCACUUCCCACUAUACCGACCCAGGCUUUUAUGAAGAGUGCAAAACGGAGUACCUGAAGGAAAGAGAAGAAUUCAGAACAACCGGAAUUCGGACUAAGAACCGCCUGCAAAAGCUUCCUUCCAGCAUGUAGCAAAAUACUAACUAAAACUCCAAAGAACCCUGCUCUGCCGAUGCCUCUAAUCGUUUGGAAGUAAGAAAACCCAGUGGCUUUCCGUGGCUUAUCCUAAAACAUUAAAAAAAAUUGUUAUUUUUGGUAAGAUUUUACGUUUCAAGUUUGUUUUAAUGGCUUUCUGUGGCUUUUAUCCUAAAACAUUAAAAAAAAUUGUGACUUUUGGUGAGAUUUUUCGUUUCAAGUUUCUGUUUUAUUCAGCCACAGCUUUCUGCUGGGUCUCCCUGUAUUUACUAAAACUCUGAAGAACUCUGCUCUAGUGAUGCCUCUAAUCGUUUGGAAGUAAGAAAACCCAGUGGCUUUCCGUGGCUUAUCCUAAAACAUUAAAAAACAUUGUUAUUUUUGGUGAGAUUUUACGUUUCAAGUUUCUGUUUUAUACAGCCAAAGCUUUCUGCUGAGUCUCACUGUAUUUAUUAAAACUCUAAAGAACUCUGCUCUGCUGAUGCCUCUAAUCAUUUGGAAGUAAGAAAACCCAGUGGCUUUCUGUGGCUUAUCCUAAAACAUUAAAAAAAAUUGUUAUUUUUGGUGAGAUUUUACGUUUCAAGUUUGUUUUAUUCAGCCAAAGGUUUCUGCUGGGUCUCACUGUAUUUAAAUCAAUCAAUCAAUCAAUCGUAUUUAUUGAGCGCUUACUGUGUGCAGAGCACUGUACUAAGCACUUGGGAGGUAAAGAACUCUGCUCUACUGAUGCCGCUAAUCGUUUGAAAGUAAGAAAACCCAAUGGCUUUCUGUGGCUUUUAUCCUAAAACAUUAAAAAAAACUGUUAUUUUUGGUAAGAUUUUACAUUUCAAGUUUCUGUUUUAUUCAUCCAAAGCUUUCUGCUGGGUCUCACUGUAUUUAUUAAAACUCUGAAGAACUCUGCUCUACUGAUGCCUCUAAUCAUUUGGAAGUAAGAAAACCCAGUGGCUUUCUGUGGCUUAUCCUAAAACAUUAAAAAAAAUUGUUAUUUUUGGUGAGA